UUGAGGCGUUAUCAAGGUGCGUACCGAUACUUUACAGACGUUGUCAGAAUGAAGUUUGACGAUAUUUUGCUCAAACUAGGAGAAUUUGGUCCGUACCAAAAACGGCUUUACUUUUUACUAUGUAUCCCAGCGAUAAGCGUCGGUUGUUACAUGUUAAACCUUGUGAUCAUUUUAGAAACUCCAAACCACAGGUGCAAGAUUCCCGGCUACGACAAUGAUACGUACGAGAUCCAGUCGUCCUACCACCAGUCUCUCAUUAACCAGACCAUACCAUUCGACCUUAAAGACAAGAAGCAGCCGUAUGACAAGUGUCACCUCUACCAGCACUCCAACCUUACCAACGCAGUGGAGCGGAUCAAAUGCAACGAAUGGGUGUAUGACCGCAGCAUCGUUCUGGAAACGUUUACGACAAAGGAGAAUCUCGUGUGUGAUGACGCUGCGUGGACGUCCCAUAUUAAGCUCAUCUUUUACAUUGGAGUUCUGGUCGGUGACAUAGGUUUUGGUAUGCUGGCAGAUAUUAUAGGAAGACGGAAGACACUGAUGGCGUCUGUCCUUCUGUGGAAUGUGUCUGGUUUUGCAGUAUGUUGGGCCCCGGAGUACAUCAGUUUUAUCAUUUUAGAGUUCAUUGUUGGCGCUGCACAACAUGGCGCUUUCAUGGUGUGCAACGUAAUGUCGCUAGAGUUAGUUGGUCCUAACAAGAGAGUUUUGUGUGGAACUUUGAUCCACGGAUUCUUUACUAUUGGAUUACUGUACCAGUCGGGGGCCGCUUACUUCAUUAAACACUGGAAAUGGAUCGACUUGGCCAUAGCUGUUCCACUGGUGUUCUACAUAGCUUACUAUUGGUUGGUGCCCGAAUCGCCGCGCUGGCUUAUGAGUAAAGGGCGAUAUGAAGAGGCAGAAGAGAUCAUUCAAAAGGCGGGAAAAGUCAACAAAGUGAAACUCCCAGAGAAAAUUAUCAAUCCGUCGGCAAUCGAACGUGAAGAAACGGAAAUGAAGUUGUGGCAUCUCUUUUCCACGAAAGAAAUGUUUGGUCGAACUUCAAUCCUUCUCUACAAUUGGAUUGCAGUGGCAUUGAUGUAUUUUGGCGUAACUAUGCACGCUCGAAAUAUUGGAGGGAAUUUUUAUUUAAAUUUUUUCCUGAACGCAAUCGUUGAGUUCCCGGCACUUUUGUUUGUGAUUUUGACGAUGGACAGGAUUGGAAGAACUCGACUUCAUUGCCUGUGUAUGGUGUUUGGAGGAAUGGCAGCAAUGUGUACAAUAUUCACAAUCAUUUUUGGAGGAGACGAUUUCACGUGGCUUACAACCACGCUCUCUCUCUUGGGAAAAGUAGGAGCGGCAGCAUCAUUUUCUGUGAUCUUCGUCAUGACUCUUGAACUGUACCCGACUGUGCUCAGGAAUGCAGCCCUUGGGGGCGGAUCAUGUGUUGGCAGGGUGGGGAGUAUGCUGGCUCCAUAUGUUGCAUCUUCUGGCGCCUUGAUCGAUGGAGACUUUUCCACUGCUCUACCACUGGUGAUAUUUGGGGUUAUAUCGACAUCGGCUGGGCUCCUAGUUCUACUGCUCCCAGAAAGUCAGCACAGAAAGCUACCAGAGAGUAUAACAGAUGGAAUUAAGUUUAAAGAAGCUCAGGGGAUUGACAGUAGGCAGCCAUCCAAUGAUAACGAACAUAAAUCAUUGCUAGUUAUGUCCAAAUUAACAGACGAAGAAUGAAAAUAACCAUAAACAAAAUGUAGCACGAUUGAUUUUUUUUUUUUUUUUACAGUAUUUGCAUCGUUUUUUAUGUCGUGAUCAUUUCUGUCAUAACGGAAUCGCAGCGAUAUGAAAAUGCAGUAUUUACAAUAAAAAAUGUACAUGUAUAAAAUGAUAACCAAUUUUAUUUAUAUUGUUUCAUUACUGCAUGUAUUGAAACCAUCUUGUCAAUUUCGUUGCGUUUCCGUUACAAAAACAAAGCAUUUGAAUGAACAGAAAAUCAUUUGAAAAAAGUCAACUCUAGUGGAGAUGAAAUGGACACUUUAGAAUUAGAAGCCAAAAUGGAGGUCUCUGGGUUUUUUCCAUAAAGUUACAAACGUUUGCAUAUUCAAAUACAAAACUGUAAGGAUCGUUGUUCACAUGUACUAAUACUGUAGCUUGUAGAAAAAAGGUUUAAAAAUAAAGCAACCUGAUUCUA